AGAGACCCAGGCUGGGGCUGCAGCAUUCACGGGCCUGGCCCCUCGAGUUUCUCUGAGAAAGCCAAGCUCGCUCUCCUCUCCGCAACCAUGAUCUCCAGACAGCAGUGCGUCCGAGGCGGGUCCCAGGGCUUUAGCUGUGUCUCGGCUGUCGUCGGCGGGGGCAAGAGGCCUGCCUUCAGCUCAGUCUCCACGUCUGGGGGCACGGGCCGCUGCUCCUCUGGGGGCUUCGGCAGCAGGAGCCUCUACAAUCUCGGGGGGAGAAAGAGCAUCGCCAUCAGCAUGGCCGGGUCCCGGCAAGGCGCUGGCUUCGGGGCUGCUGGAGGUUUUGGCGUUGGCAACUUUGGUAGUGGAUUUGGGGGUUCUUUUGGUGGACGGGGUGGUCCCGGCUUCCCCGUCUGCCCUGCUGGGGGGAUUCAGGAGGUCACCAUCAACCAGAGCCUGCUGACUCCACUCCACGUGGAGAUCGACCCCGAGAUCCAGAAGGUCCGGACUGAGGAGCGCGAGCAGAUCAAGACCCUCAACAACAAGUUCGCCUCUUUCAUCGACAAGGUGCGGUUCUUAGAGCAACAGAAUAAGAUCCUGGAGACCAAGUGGAACCUCCUCCAGCAGCAGACGACAACUACAUCCAGCAAAAACCUUGAACCCCUCUUUGAGGCCUACAUAAGUGUUCUGAGGAAGCAGCUGGAUACCUUGGCCAAUGACAAAGGACGGCUGCAGUCUGAGCUGAAGUCCACGCAGGACAGCGUGGAGGACUUCAAGACCAAGUAUGAGGAUGAGAUCAGUAAGCGGACGACUGCCGAGAAUGACUUUGUGGUCCUCAAGAAGGAUGUGGACAUCGCGUACAUGACCAAGGUGGAGUUGGAGGCCAAGGUGGAUGCUCUGAACGAUGAGAUCAACUUCUUGAGGGUCCUCUUUGCUGCGGAGCUGUGCCAGAUGCAGACUCAUGUUUCAGACACGUCCGUGGUCCUGUCCAUGGACAACAACCGGAACCUGGACCUAGACACCAUCAUCGCUGAGGUCCGUGCCCAGUAUGAGGAGAUCGCCCAGAAGAGCAAGGCGGAGGCUGAGGCGCUGUACCAGACCAAGGUCCAACAGCUCCAGAUCUCAGUUGACCAACAUGGUGACAGCCUGAAGAACACCAAGAGUGAGAUCUCAGAGCUCAACAGGAUGAUCCAGAGGCUGCGGGCUGAGAUUGAGAAUGUCAAGAAGCAGUGCCAGACUCUGCAGGCGUCCGUGGCUGAUGCAGAGCAGCGUGGGGAGCUGGCCCUCAAAGAUGCCUACAGCAAGCGCACAGAGCUGGAGGCCGCCCUGCAGAAGGCCAAGGAGGAGCUGGCCCGGAUGCUGCGGGACUACCAGGAGCUCAUGAGCGUGAAGCUGGCCCUGGACGUGGAGAUCGCCACCUACCGCAAGCUGCUGGAGGGCGAGGAGUGCAGAAUGUCUGGAGAAUGCCGGAGUGCCCUGAGCAUCUCUGUGGUUGGUGGUGGCGCUAGUGCUGGGACCAUCGGCGGAGGAUUAGGAAGCUGCUCUGGGUUUGGCCUGGGCAGCGGCUUUGGCUCUGGCUCCGGAAGUGGCUUUGGGUUUGGUGGCGGUGUCUGUGGCAGUUCUGGCAACAAGAUCAUCUCUACCAGCACCAUGAUCAAGAGGUCCCACCGAUAGAGGAGACAAGGUCCCUGCAGCCCUUGAGCCCAGCCGGGCCCAGCCCUGGUAUCUCUGUGCUUCUUUCACCCCUGCCUCCACCCUCCCUCUCUGGGGCUCAUCUUCCCAGAGUCCCACCUCAGUGUGGACUCUGCCCUCCUGGAGUUUGGUAUCUUCCUCUCGGUUUGGUCCUGGUUACCACCUGGAAUGAAAGGGGUGUCAGCUGAUUCUUCACCUCCUACAGGCAGAGGAGAACACAACCAGGAGUUUCGUCUCCUGGUUAAUCAGGGUCACGUAUGUCCCCUCCCAGCCCGUGGCCCCGGAUAUCUCUCUACAUCAGGACCAAACUCCUCUGUUAGUUGGCAGCAACCUGGCCUGCAAGGUCAGGACAGGAACCGCUCAGGGUCCCAUCCACCUCUUCUCCACCCCUCUAUCCAUUUUGGGUGAAUCUCUAAUAAAAUGCUUUUGUCAUUCA